GAUAGAUCCCUCUCACACUUCACAUUCGACAUUUAUAUCUCAAAAUGAACGAAGCUUUUCAUAUCGUAGGACUUCUAACAUUUUUAUUUGGGGUGGUAGUUGGUACUGGGCAAUUUGUGGUCAGUCUUCACUCAUACGAUAAUCCAUCGGGGAAAGACUACAAUGGAUCUUGCUGUGAUUCAGAUGUGUUAAGAUGUCAGCUGGACAAAUGUGAUUUAAAGUUUGAAAUAUGCGUAGGGAGAAAACCUUAUGGUUUUGACUGCACAUAUGGAACAAAACAGGUUAUCGCUCAACCAGACUCCAACAACAUUGACUUCAGUGAGAAUCAGAAACUCAGUUUUCCCAUCACAACCAGUCUGAAGGAUCCCUUGUUUAUAAAAGUGAAUGUGACAGACCAGGACACAAGAGGGGCCUCAGUAUUGGUUGAUACUUUCAAGUUUAUAUUCAAAUCAACUGCCUACUAUAACUCCACUAUGAUAGAGUACAUGGAUUAUUUUUUCACUGGAGACAAACCACAACAACCAUCCAAGUUGAAUUUGAGUGUGACGUCAUAUUGUGAUGAAAACUAUUAUGGAUCAGACUGUGACAUUAACUGUGUUGCUGAGGAUUAUGGCUGUAAUGGACAUUAUAAAUGUGGAGUCCACGGACAGAAGAUCUGUAAUCCCGGAUGGACAGGAAAAGAUUGUGACGUACAGAUCCCCGGGGGUGAGGGAGACUGCGGAUUUUAUAAAGAUUCCACAGAACUUAUUCCAAGCUUGUGGGGAGGUGUUUAUACCUGCCCUGGUGGACUAUCAGAGAAAAUUCAGAUGAAUGUGACCCCAAGAAAUAAAGACGAAAUAUUAACCUCAGCUGUAUUGACUUUUGAUGGAAUCUCAGUCACAGCCAGUGGGAGCUAUGGUUAUAGAACACUGCUCAUACAAGGCAAACCGAAUCAAAAGAAUAUAACUGAUGUUACACUCCAUGGUAUACAGCCACCAACAAAUUUGUCUUCAAUGGCAGGAGAAUUGACAUUUAAUGGAGAUAGAACAUGCAGUGUUGUUUUGAACUUACAAAAAUCUUAUUUAAACCAGUGUGGAUCUGGAACCUGUGUGAGGUAUGGUCAACGGAAGAAUGAGUUCUACUGCUGUUGUGAUGGUAAAGCAAGUUCCUAUUGUGGAUCCUCAACAACUAGUCAGACAAAACCCACUACUUCAACAGCAAGUUCAUCAACAACUCCAUUGACAACAAAAGAGCUAACAACUCAAAAACAAACUACUCCAAACCCCACAACAGAAGAGAUGACAACAAAGACAACAUCAAAACCAACAACAAGCAGACCACAAACUACAACACAACCAGAGACAACCACAGAAACAUCAACCAAACAGCCCAAAACAACAACAGAAGUAACAACCACUAAACAACCUACAACACUGGAGACCACUGCAGAAACAUCAACCACGACAACAGUGGCCUCAACCACCGAGACUACUACAGUGAAAGCCACCACUGUCACUACUAAACCCACCACACAGUCCACCACCACCACUACGGUGGCACCAAGUCCCAGCACCACACGGUCCACCGCUAGAUCCACCACCACACACAAAGUGCCAGGAUCCACUCCUGUUGUACAGGUUUUUGAGGACAGCUUCUUUAUCAAUCUUCUGGAUAAUGAGGUGGACAUUACCCUGUUAUAUGCUAUUAUGGAUGCAUAUUUGGAGGCAAAUAAAGGUAUACAGGAACUACACAAGAGUAAUAUGGAUUUUCCUUAUGGAAUAUCUACACCUAAAUUAAUUUAUGAAGAGAGGAAACACCGAGGAGAAUUGCUGACUUUCCUUCGAUAUAAUAUAUCAAUAUCAGGUGUGUCAUCCAGCAUCCAGCCGCCCAGUAAGAAAGAAAUACAGGCACAGAUAGGAAAACGCUACACCUCCAAUGUCAGAUUGUAUGAUGUUGUCCCAGCUGAGUUAAUAUUCCCAGUAUCAGACAGUUUCUACUUUGAUGUUUAUGGACCAGGUCCAUCUGAUAUGGAAAUAGCUAUGUGGGAGAAAGUUAUCUUGGAUGUCUAUAAAACUCAAAAGAAUUGUAAUAAAUCAGCAGCAGCCUGUAAACUUUAUGACAUAUCAAUUAAGAGCACAGAUGAGUACAUGGAUUAUAAUGGGUCAGAGGUCACCAGGCUGUAUAUUUUUGUCCUUUAUAUGGGAAAAGUAAUUACACCACCCAAAAAUAAGGAUCCAUACAUGAUAGCUGUACAGAAUCACACUAAAAUCAAAGCCAAAUUCUACACAGGAAGUUUGGAUGAACAUGAGCUGUUGUGGUACAGGCACCAUUAUGAUCUAUUUAUAGAAGGUGCUGUGGUACAAAGUGAUAUACCCAAGUUUGUGGAAGCAAUCCAGAAUGCAUGGUAUAAGGCUCAGCCAGGUUAUAACUGUCCAAUAUGUAAUGUUGUCAUUCACAGAAUAGAAAAAUAUGUUGGAGAAAAUGGAGAGCCUUUAACAGCUUUAGUUUACUACUUUCAAGUUCGACAGAUAUUUUCGUAUCCAAAUCAAGAUGGAAACCUAAAUUAUUUACAAUAUAUGAGGAUGGAAAAUCUAACAGAUAUAAAUGGCAAUCAGUAUAAGUUGUAUAAUGGAUCUAGACAGUAUCGUUAUCGCUAUGGUUAUAACCUCCUCAUAGAAGGCGAAGUAGAUCCCAGGGACGGGAACCAGUUUACAGCACUCAUAAAACAAGCCUGGCUAGACUAUAAUGCAUCUCUUGCUAGCAUAACUCCCAGUAAUUUAAUUGAGGAAUAUAUCAGCACAUCAGGUGACAUUGUAUCCAACAUAGUUUGUUUUGUAUCACAUGGUGACCUUGCCAUUGAUGCUCGUUUGAUCUCCACCCCCUCGAUGUCAUGGUUACAGAGCUGGAGGAAGAACCAGUCACAUCUGGCCUUCUCCAGGUCAGGAGGUCAGCCUUACGAGGUGUACACUAAAUACGCCCUCAAUCAGCUCUACCUCAGGACUGAUCUAUUCUCCAUCUAUUUUGAGGGCUACAUCAAGCUUGAUCAAUGGAAAGACAUUACAGAGUCCCUACAGAAUGCUUGGAAUUCUACUACAUUUUCAGGAAAAAGACUACAUGUCCAGAUUCUGGGAUAUAGCACCUUCUCUGUAUAUUUGAAGAGAGAAGCUGUGACUAUGUUAUGGUAUGCCCUCUCUGUGGAUGAGGAGCUAGUGUCCCCCAUUUCUGUACUGUACAGUCAGAUGACGCUGGUGUACAACCUAACCAUGGUCUCUCUAGCCUCCAAGUACCCAGUGUAUGUACUGAAGGAGGGAUUACUGAACACAAGGAACCAGUUUACACUGUAUUUCACCACCAAGAUCAACUAUCUUGAUUUGGAGGGUAGUUUGAAGGUGCAGCUUCUGAAUAUUAUUAAAAGGAAAUGGACAGAAUCCAAGAAAUAUAAGAAUUUAGAUUUGUAUAUUGACUACCAGGAAAAGGUGUUUACAACCAACAGCUCUAUACUCUGGAAAUUGGUAUUUUAUUUGAUGUCAAACCAUGGAGAAGUCCAGAGCCAGUUUGUGACCCCUAUCACACAUCAGUUGUUCCAGUCAGAGGAAAUCAAGGGCAUCACUGGUCAAGCAUAUCAUUUAUAUACAGGUCAAAGGUCAUCCACCUGGUUAUCUUAUAAUAGCCAUUUCUCCUUGACCUUUUCCUCUGAAGUGUCAGAACAAGAAUGGUUACAAUUCAGAAAAGUGCUUCAACCUCACUGGUGUAGUGUAUUUAAAUGUAAUGCGGGACAGAAUGUCACCAUCUUGAUUAAAGAACAAGAGCAGUAUUGGAGUGAUAUCACAAGAAAAUGGUACUGGCGGUUGGUAUAUUUUGUCCGAGACGGCUCUCACCUCAUCAGCUCUCGGUACUACUCCAUUGACAUACAUAAGUUCAAUAUCUCCUUGACCAAUAUUUACAAUCAGACCAAGCUAGAGGAGAACUCUGUCAUUGGACAGUGGAGAUUCUCAAGGUCAUUCCACUUGUGGACGGAGGAACACAUGACAGUGACUAAUGAGGCAAUCCAUAAGAUCGAAUCAGCAUUACUGCAGGCCUGGUACAAAAUGAAUGUAAAAUCUGAUUUAAAGACAUGUAACUGCAUCUCCAUCCAUGUUUUGCCACAGAAAAGUUACUAUGCUGGAAGUGGAAAAUCUAUAUGGAGACUGACAUACUUCAUUUUGUACAAGAAUAAGGUAGUUAUGGAUGCUCAUUUGUGGCCAACAUUGAAUACCACCCUGAUAGACUGGACUUCAGUGACCUCCACCAAGGUCAAGGUCAGAACAGAUAUUGACCUCUAUUACUAUCGGUACAUGUUGAUGUUCUAUCUCAAUCACAAGCUGUCUGUGUCGGAGUACGGGAAAGUGGAAAAUGCUCUGACAAAGGAGUAUACCGACAGGCAUCCAGCUUGUGGAUGUAAUGUUUCUAUUGCUCACCAAGAAGAAGUCAUUGACAGUCAUGGGAAGUCAUCUUGGGUUGUUUAUUACCACAUUGUAAAGAAUGGAAAAUAUCAGAAGCCCUCAUCAUACUUUCCUAUUAAUUGGAUUAACUUUAACAAUAAAUACCACUUCACUUCAUCUGAUGGACACAAACUAGAUUUCACAUGGUCCUGGUCCAGAAAUCACACAUAUAUCAGUUACAGCCAAUCAGGAGGCCUGUUUCUCCAGACUUGGGUUCCUCCUUCACUUUAUGGAAGAUUUGGGGCAUGGUUACAGGGGUAUUACCAGAAGUAUUUCAAAGGGUCUACAGUUUCUGUAGAGAUGACAAAUACAACAAGGGAGUACAAGAAAAAAGAUGGAUCAUCAGCUUGGCAUUUGCCUUUCAUUCUGAAAGUCAAUGAUAGCAUUGUUGUCCCACCUGCCAUAGAUUCCACAACUUUUAACACAACCUUUAAUGCUACGACAUCCUGGAAUCAGAAGUUUGGUCUGGUACAUACUGAUGAAAUUACUGACAAAAACAAGAUUUUCUCUGUCCAUUUCAACCACAAAGUGUCUGAGACAGCCAAGGACGACAUUAAACAGGCCAUUAUUGCCACUUUUGUGCAGCAGCAUCCAGGUAUUAACUCAUCUUUAGUGAACUUGACUUUUGGAAAUCAACAAGAAACAUUUUCAAACAGCAAGAACACGACAACUGAAAAGUCGUCUUCCUGGGAGUUGAGUUACACCAUUAAAGUUGGAGGAUCUGAGGUAGAUUCCAGGAGCACUGCCAGCUUAAAUACUUCCCUGCUGACCUCUAACCUCAAUGUCACAGGGCCAAAUAGGGUCAAAUACAGGGUCGUCAAAAAUACAGAAUCUACAGAGUUCAUUAUGGCCCAACGGGUGUCUUCUUUGUAUGUCAGCUCUUUUGUGUCAGUGGAAGACAUUAAAAUGAUGGAGGAAAAAAUAGCACUGGCAUGGAAAAAACAAUACAACAGUUCUGAAGAAGUGAAGGUAUCUUUUGUAAGACAGAAACAGUACAUAGAUAAUAAUGGAAAAGUGGUCUGGAAGUGGGACUACACACUGACUUUAAACAGUUCCCACCUGGUGCGGGCCGAGGUCCCUCGUCUGGACUUCACACAUUUACAGACAGCGGUGGGGAGCCUCAUCUCUGUAACAGGAAGGAAGUAUCAGCUGGUCAGGUCCACCAACAACUUCCUGGAUUACCAAAUGCACUUCCCUCUGUACCUGACGACAAAGAUGGCAAGAGAAAAGGAACAAGAUUUCAAAAUAAGUUUGCAGAAGGCUUGGGCAAAGAGAGGUCUUGGUGCAGUAUCAGUUCACAUUGUGAAACAAGAGGAACUUAUUCACAAAACCACAGGUGCUUCAACUUGGAAGUUAGUGUACUUCCUGAAGCACAAUGUUUCUGACACAGUGGUUGACUCUCGUGUGACGGACAACAUCAAUGCCUCCCACCUGUCACCUGUGGUGGGACCCCGAGGUGUGUACAGGUGCCACACAGACCUGGAUACCACCAAGUACCUGUCUAGGAGCAUGUCCACAUCUAUAGUUCUCAAUACCAAGCUGGACAUCAAGGGGAGGGCAAGACUGCAAAACACAAUUGCUGGACUAUUGCAGAACAAUGUGACAGAAUCGGACCUCAAGAGCAGCAUUUCAGUAGAGAUUGCAGGACAAGAGGAAUAUUUUACAAAACAGAAUGAGAGAGCUUGGAGGAUCCUCUACUUUAUAAGAGUAGGUGGUCAGUACGUACCAGCUUCAUCCCUGGUCAGUAUUGACCAUCACCGUCUCUCAGUUCAGCUGGCCAACUUCACCACGGUCCGCGGCCAGAAGCUCAGGAUCCUUAAGGAGAGUGACCUCCUACACAGCUACAGGAAUGCCUUCUCCCUCUACUUCACUUCUAAAGUGGCAAGGACUCAUUAUCUCAGUAUACAGGAGUCUAUACUUACAACAUUGAAAAAAUCCAAUGAAGAAUAUAAAAGUUGUAACUGUCUGGCUAUAGAUGAGAUCACAGAUCAACACCAAGAGGAAGUCCUGGAUAGUAAAGGGGUAUCCUUUUGGAAGUUGAACUAUUUUAUAAGAAGUAAUGGUACAGUGAUAGAAUCCAUGACUCACAGGUCCCUGAAAGUACAGGAAUUGUCUGAGGUUCUCAUCAAUGUCACCAAUGUCAAAGGUCAACCAUACACUGUCAAGGCCAUCAAGGAAACUGUAACAAGGUCAAGGAUGUUGUUUUCUUUCCACAUGACAACAGAGAUUGGAUAUGGUCAUAAAGAAAAAUUUCAGGCAUCACUUAAAGCAGCUUGGAUACGAAUUCAACCAGAAACAUUUAAGGACAAAGAAAUAUCAGUUAAAAUCUUCAGGAACUCAAGAUAUGUGGAUAUUGCAAAGAGUACUGCAGUGUGGCAAGUGGAUUACACUAUAGAGAGAACAAACCUCCUAGUGGAUCCCAUGGAAGUCCCAUCUCUGUCUGCGGCAGAACUCCAGAAGAAUCUGACUUUUACAAACCCCAAGGGUGCCCAGUAUCAGGUUGUUGGACGUCCAGCCAGUUUGGUGGACUAUAGGAUCCACUUUGCUCUGUUUGUUUCCUCAGAGGUGAAAACUACUGAUAUUUCCAGUUUUGGCAUGGCAUUGGAACAAUAUUGGACGUCAAGAGGUUUUACAAAUGCUACAGUCACUAUUUCACUUCAGGAGAGAUUCAUUCAAAAGCCUUAUGGGAAAAUGCUUUGGAAAUUGGUUGUUUUUGCAAAGAGUGGCACUGCAUACAUAGACUCCCGAACCUCAGAGGAUGUGAAUACAACUGAGCUGCAGACUGCUAUAUCAUCCACACAAUACGGGAAGUAUCAUUUACUGGACGUCCGAUCAAACACCCUCAGGAGAUACAGCUCUGGGUUCUCUGUCAUUCUGUCCCACACUGUUUUGAGAUCAGACUUGAGUCAUGUGAAAGAAGUUCUCAAAAUAACUUGGACUCAGACUGAUAUGACCCUCAAGAAUAUAUCUGUUGAAGUUCUUAGCCAAGAAAAUUACAUUAACUCUAAAAUGGGACUUGUAAGUAAGAUUUUAUACUUCCUGUCUGUGGAUGGGACUGAGGUUGACAGUGGAAUGCUGGGUAAUAUUAACUUGACGGCCCUUACACAGCAGUUAGCAUUCCUGUCAGCCACUCGUAACUACCAGCUAGUUCUGGAGAAGGACGUUUACAGAUAUGAAUGGCUGUUCACCUUAGAUCUGACAGAGCCUGUUCUUACACAGGAUUACAGAACAAUGGAGUAUCAACUUGCAGCAGCAUGGAGAUAUGAUUAUUCAACAAACUUCAAGAAUGUUACCGUCAAAAUUUUAUCUCAGGAGAGUUUAGUCACUGAUCAAGGAACUUUAGUGAGUCGAGUUCUGUAUUCCUUAAAUGGAGAUUCCAAACUGCAGAAAGCCACACAGCGUAAUCCUGUUUCACCAUUAGCACUGAGUAUCCAACUGACAUUGGAAAAGUCAGGCACCCCCUAUACAUACUUCUCGAGACAAUACAGUGGUUAUAACACCCUGUUCCGAUACUCGGACCUGCACAGACUCGAGUUAAAUGGCAGGGUCAUGAAUUACACACUGCUGGAGAGUCAGCUCAAGGGAGCUUGGAAUGCUACUGUUAAUGUCGAUGGUGAAAAAGUAGAGAAGGUGACAAUUAUAAACCAGGAAAAGAUUUUACGAAGCAAUGGAGAACUGGCAUUCAGAUUGCUGUACCGUGUUCAGAGUAGAAAUGUGGACUAUUCCAUCAACAGACAGUUGAUCACUGGUCCCUCCCACGACACUUUGAUCAAACAUAUAAAAGUGGAGGAUCCAAAUGGGGUGUCCAGGAAAGUCCUGAAUAUCACUAAGGGAUUCCGUAUGUCCCAGGUGUUCAGUGUUGUGCUCAACAGACAAGUCUUCAUGGCUGAUCAAUCCAAGUUUGAGAAAAGUCUUCUGAAAACACUGAAGACAACUUGGACAGAUAUUGAUGCUUCCUCAACUCUGACCUUCUCAGUGAAAUCUAAGGAGAGAGUAGUGGACAAAAGCUCAGGAAAAAUGUUAUGGCGAUACACCUUCGUAGCUACAGUUAAUGGUGUUUCUGUCGAUGUAUCACGUAAACUCAGAGUAAGCCACGCAAAAUUGACAUCCAAUCUUAACUUCAGGUCACCGACGAAGCAGAAAUAUGUUGUCAUAGACACUGACAUUGGAUCUUACAAUGAAAUGUUCUCAUUACAAGUUGAAGGCAUUCUAGAUUUUAAACAAAAGCAAGCAUUUUUUGAAGAAUUAAAGAAGCAUUGGUCAAAACACUCAGUGCCUGCAACUUUGAAUAUGUUGUUGAGAGAGGAAUUUCUGUCAGAACUAGGGGAACCAGUGACAAAGUUCAGCUACUUUGUCAGCAUCACUGGACGUAAUGAACUGGUGUAUCCCUCUGUGACCAAACCUCCCCCAUAUGUUUCCAUGACGACAGGACUCGGACUGAGACUGUACACAAGGAAGACGUCCCUGAGAUACUCCGACUGCUUCCGACUCUAUGUUACUCUCCCUCAGUGGAGUCUGAACAGGUCCAGCAUAGAAACGGCCUUGACCCAAACCUGGCAACAACAUUCUCAAGCAACCAAAAAUAUUACAGUCAAUCUGAUAAAUGGCAUGGACUCUUUUGUUGGCAAUUUCGGACUUCAGGUAUCUGCCUUCCUAUACACAAUUUCCUACCAGUCUUCUGGCCAAACCAGAGUUAUCACCCCUGACAUCACAGUCUCUCCCGAUAGCCAGAAAGUCCAGACAGCUCUCUCUUCCCAGAAUUCCAGGCUGACCGUGUAUCGCUCCAUUCCUUACAGAACACGAUCCUUGUUUUAUAUGUCAGUGGUUCACCUCCAGAACGUUUCCAUGACAUUCAAGAAUAUUGAGAAUUUAGGAAGCGUAAUCAAUGGAACUUUACAGAAUAAAGAUACAUGGAGAGACAACUCAGUGGGAGAACACUUGAACACACAGAUUGUCUCCACUAAAGAAUACAGGACUUUGGAUGGAAGAUUUAUGGUCACAAGGGUAUUCUUCUACAUCCAGACAAGCAACAAAAUGGUUGAUCCAUGGGAAGGAAAAUUACAGUCUGCCAAGUUUCAAGAAAUUCUGAUGAAACUUCUGCAAAAUGAUUCUUCUUUAAAGGAUCAUUUCUCUUUGAAUAAUCAGACUGAGAACCAAGUGUACACCAUAUUUGUACAAGGUCAUCAUAAAGAAUUCUCAGACAUACGUAUGGCUGUCCAAAACAGCUGGAAAAGGAGAAUUACAUCAGGGUCAGUAACAGUUAAUACACAUAGUGCACACAGAUAUGUUAGUGACGAUUGGAAUCAAGUCACAAAAUUGUCAUACACUGUCAAAAUCAAUGGCUCCAGCCCAGAAUCACUGAAGGUGUCACCGCCAUCAUUUACUGAAAUUGAGACAGAACUCAAGAAAAUGAACAAAGCGCAGUGUCCAUGUUAUGCUAAGAAGGCUAGGAAAGAGUACCUGCUGGGGUCGCAGACUUCCAUAAAAGUCACUCAAGUUCAGACUGCCCUCAAAUCUGUAUGGACAAGCAAGAAUCCAGGUAUAGAUGGUCAGAAGUUCACAGUGAAAAUAAGGAGUUUAACAAGCAGAAAGAAGAGAGACACAGAGAGUGCUACGAUUAAAACAAAACUUGUUGGCAAUGAUAACAAGGAGAUUACACCUGUUCAAUACACAGUGGCUCUGGAGGGUCAUGAACCUGACUCAUCCUUUGUGGACACACCCUCAAGUCAUGACCUCACCCGACCUCUGACCCAGGCAGGUGCUGCCCCCUGUGGAUGUUCCCCAAAACUUGCGGGCACCCUACAGCUCAAAGGAAAAACAGACCAGAGUGAAAAACAAAAGAUAUCUGAUGCCAUUAAAGAUGCUUUUGCUAAAGAAAACCAAGGUGUAAUGAAGAACCAUAUCAAGACAGAUGUUAAAAUAAAUAACACCAAAAGCAAUGGGGAUGAUAUAACUGUUGUGGAUUACACGGUCCAGCGAACUGAUGAUGAGCCUGUGGAGAACCUAAAGUCACCCAAGCGUGUCGACGUGGAGAGAAGUCUGAACACAGCAGGGAAAAGUCUGUACUCUAGGGCCCCAGUACCCCCACCAGAAGAGGAUGACAAGAAAUUGGCCAUUUACAUAGCUGUUGGUGUGUUGGCCUUUAUCAUAAUAGUCCUGAUAGUUUGUUACAUUGUGUAUAUCAGAAGGCGAAGCAAGAAAGGAAACCUGCUGAAGAGGGAACAGGAAGUGAAGGAGAAGAAUGCAUUUGAUACGGAACAUUUCAGUGAACCAGCAGCAUCUCAGGCAUAUCAGAACCCGAAUUAUGAACCAAAACAGGAUCUCAGAAAUGUCUGA